UCCACUCAGAACUCUUGAAGGAUCACAUUUUCUAUACAGACGUACUACUCUGUAUAAAUAGGUGAUGUGCACUGCCAUUAAGUAUAGUGUCGUCGCGCCUAUGGUUAUUUCUUGUGACCUGUGAACCUACUGAGUUACAACAUAAACCUGGCCAUUGUGUAAGCCUUAAACUCUUUGAGAUACAACUUGAACCUGGCCCCUGUGUGAGCUUUGAACCGAGAUACAACUUAAAAUUGGCAAUUGUAUAAACCUUUAACCAUCUGAGUUACAACUUAACCGACUGAGAUAGAACUUGAAACUGGCCCUUGUGUGAACUUUGGACCAACUGAGACACUUAAACCUGGAUCUCGUGUAAGCGUUGAAUCAAUACAACACCACGAGCGGCAAAGACAGAGUCCAUCAACACCAGCACCACCAAGACGGCUAUUACAACAAAUAAAACCAAUAUGGCGACCAAUAUAAGCAGAGAACGCCGUAACACUCUACCCAUCAUUCAUACCCGGGGUACCUAUUACCAAGUGGGUUACGAUGUGGGUCAUACUUUUCGCUGCUUGAUCGAGGACUACCUCUCUGCCAUCAAGGAGAGUCACUCAGCUCUCCUGGCUAAGUUCAGUAGCGGGGAGGGCAAGGCAGCUUAUAACGCUACUCUCGCCAUGCUACAGAUAAACUUUCCACACUACAUCCGUGAACUUCAAGGAACAGCUGAUGGCGCGCGUCUUCCCUUCUAUGACCUAAUGGUCCUACAUAUGCCUCAGCGGAAUCGUGCCUCCGGUUUGAUCGAUUUGGGAAGGGGUGAUCAGGACUACCCACCUUCUCCUCCUGCUGGUGGUGUGGAUUUCGGCUGCUCCUCCGUCAGCUUAAAUCUAGAGGAUGAGGUGUUGCUGGGUCACACAGAAGACGCGUCAGGUGAGUUAUUGAACCACAGCUACAUUGUGAGCGCUCAGGUGAGGGAGGAGGAGGGGCAAGGGCGAUGGGGUACCCGAGAGGAACACUUCACCGCCUUCUGCUACGCCGGCCACCUCCCCGGGUACUGUAUGGGCUUCAACCAUCACGGCAUCGUCUAUUCCGUCAACGUGCUCAUCCCACAACAUAUCUUUAGUGGCAAGACACCCCGCCACUUCCUGUGCCGGGCACUACUGUCUGCUGAGAACAUGGCUGCCCUCCACACUAUCCUGAAGGACGAGGGUGUGGGUGCUGCUGACGGGUUCAGUGUUAAUGUAGCUAUGAUGAGUGAAGACGGAAGCCACACGUUUCAUAAUCUGGAGGUAGGAACAACGGGGCGCGGCGACAGAUGCAGUCAGUUCUCUGUGCAGGUCCUCAACACUGGGGAUCACCUCCUCCACACAAACACAUACCUUCACCUAGACAUUCCGGAACAGGAGGGAUCCCUUGUGUUAGAGAGCAGUAAACAACGCCACGCCAGGGAGAGAGAGUGUCCUGCUCCCCGCACCCAACAGUUACUGAUAGACUUGCUCUCAGACACUCACGAUCCCACUCAUCCAAUCUUCAGGACGUCAGACAAGAGUUUCAUGACAAUUGCCCUUGGGUUGUUUGACCUGCUGAAGAAGACGUGGACGAUCUGGAUAAAAAAUCCGAAAUUAAAUGAUCCACUUUUCUCUCUGCCACUCACCUUCAAGUGGGACCCCUAGCUCUCAUCUUUGUCCUUCACCUCAAGUGGGACUCUUAGCUGUCUUCUAUAUGAUAAGUUUCAAAACAAAUCACUAGCUACCAUUCUUUGUCCUCGUUAAGUUACCUAACCUAACCUAAUUCAGGUAUACUUUGGUUAGCUAAUGGUAGUAAGCAAUGCCUUAAAUGGGACAUCAAAUAUAGCCAUAUACGAUGUAAUUAAAAAAAUGUCUUAAA